CGUCACCGAGCGGGUGACGCCUCCAUCCGGGGAUGUGACACGCGCACUCGUUCUCCAUCAUGGCGGCGUCAGGUAAGAAGAUCAAGAAGAAGGGGAAGACCCUCACCCUGACUGACUUCUUAGCGGAGGACAGCGGGGGGAGUGCUCACCUAAGUUACCCACCCGCAAAGCCCACCAGCUGGGCAGAUGAGACAGAUGACUUGGAGGGAGAGGUUACCACCUCCUGGCACACAGAGGAUGAUGCGUAUCGUGCCCCCCCCAUUGAUAGGUCCAUUCUGCCAACGGCGCCCCGCGCAGCCCGUGAGCCCAACAUCGACCGCUCCCGCCUUCCCCGCAGCCCCCCCUACACGGCCUUCCUGGGCAAUCUCCCUUAUGAUGUCACCGAGGACUCCAUCAAGGACUUCUUCCGAGGACUUAGCAUCAGUGCGGUCCGUCUCCCACGGGAACCUAGUAACCCAGAGCGUCUGAAAGGCUUUGGGUACGCAGAGUUUGAUGAUGUGGAUUCUCUGCUGCGAGCUCUCAAUCUCAACGAGGAGCAUCUAGGGAAUCGCAGAAUUCGUGUAGACAUUGCAGAUCAGUCCAAUGAGAAAGAGAGGGAUGACCGCUCCAUGUCUGGGCGAGACCGUAACCGUGGUGGUGACAUGGGGCCAGACAAGACGGACACUGAUUGGCGGGCGAGGCCCAGUGCUGAUGCGGAUGAAGGACCACGCCGUGAUGAUUCCUAUGGAGAACGGUCCCGAGACCGCUAUGAGUCAGACCGGUACCGUGACAGUUCACGGCGGGACGAUCGCUAUGACAGUGGCAGAGACAGAUUCCGGGAACGCUAUGAUGACCGAGAUCGCAGAGACUAUGAUAGAGGCUUUGACUCUCGCAGUGGGGGUCGUCGGCCAUUCGGCAGCGGCUUCCGCCGUGACUAUGAUGACCGACGGGACGACUAUCGAGGCAGUGGAGAUCGCUAUGGCGAUCGCUACGGCGACCGUGAAGAUAAAUAUGAUAAAUGGGAAGAGAGGCGUGAGGAUAGAGGCCCUCUUCAGAGGCCCAAGCUAUGCCUGAAGCCGCGCAGCGUUCCCAAAGAGGAGGACCAGAGCAGCUCCACCUCCUCCGCUUCCAGCCGAUCAGCUUCCAUUUUUGGAGGUGCCAAGCCGGUGGACACAGCAUCUAAGGAGAGGGAGGUAGAGGAGAGACUGAAGAAAGAGCAGGAGAGGCUGCAGCGACAGUUGGAGGAAGACAAGGGGAGAGGACCUGAACGCAAGCCCAGAGAGAGACAUCCCAGCUGGCGAAGUGAGGACCAACCAACAGAGCGCUCACGAACUGGAAGUGAGUCAUCACAGCCAGGAAAUACCACGAGCAGAGGCUCUCGUCGUCGGGAAAGCGAGCGCUCCGUGGAGAACGAGGUUUUCAGUGGGCGUGAGGAUGAGCCACCAUCCCCGGGAAGCAGCGUCCCCCCUUCCAAACAGGAGGGGCUUCCUCUAAAGGUGGUUCCAGCUCCGCCCCCUAAAGAGAAUGCCUGGGCGAAGAGGAGCGCUAUGAGUACAGGCUCCAGUGAGAGUGAGGCCAAACCUGCAGUCUCCCCCAGCAGCAGCGCUCCACCCAAAAGCUCUACAAGCUCAACUGAUGAGAGAGUUCCUCAGAAAGGUAAAGAUGAGAACAAGGCUGAUGGUGUGCGUCGGGACAGAGGUCCCUCCCGGGGCCGUGGUGGGGCCUCGGGUCCUGGAACAGGGAGAGGCCGUGGGGACGCAGCCAGCCGAGAUCGGCGAAAGGAAACAGACAGAAAGGACGUCAGAAGAGAGCGAGAUCUCAGACCAGCACCAGAGCCAAAGAAAUAUGAGGAAUCUCCCAGUCCUACAUUCAGCUCAGCCAGUAAAUACGCAGCCUUGCUAAUGGACGGCGACCAGGGAGAUGAUGCCGAGGAGAGUGGAGAAUGAGAGGCGGAUGGACUGAAGUGAAGACGGUCAAAAACAAAUUAUGAAUUAAUCCUCCAGCUUUUUUUUCAUACAGCACUGAAGGACCCAGCUCGGCCCCCUUAAAGUGAAACCCCCUUCUUAGAACCACCUCCUUCAGGACUGAACGGAAGCUAGUGGAAAAGUACUGGACUCAUUUUUAAAUAAGAGGGCAUAUGGGAAGCUGGAUAAAAUGAUAAUAUCUAAUAAAUAAGUGGGGUUAAAAGGAA